CUGAUAAAACGAUGCUUCAUCGACCGGAACUCAUUUCCCGAACGAAUUUCUUGCUAAAUGAUGACGAUCUCUCAUUCAGGCUGUUGAAUGCUCUAUCGCCUUCUUCGCCCUCAGAAGAGCAGCCUCAGCCAGUGUGAGGCGAUCAUCAGAACCGUUCAUUCCAGCAUGUCAUUCUCAUUGCCUUACAAAUACAUCACAGCAGACGAACUGGCGAAAAUCCUCAAAGCCAAGCCAGCGUCUGAUGUCAAGGAUAUUGCAGUCGUGGAUGUACGAGAUGAUGAUUUUGCUGGAGGCAAUAUCGUCUCUGCAGUAAAUGUACCUAGCUCGACCUUCCACGAUAGCGUCGGGGGUCUGGUGAAGCGGCUCGAAAAGUGUCCUAGCGUCGUCUUCCACUGUGCUCUCUCCCAACAACGAGGUCCAAAGGCUGCGAGAAUCUAUGCCGAGACUCGGGAAGCCUCUCUGAGCUCUCCGCCGACCCAGCAGAUAUACGUUCUCCGUGAUGGCUUCACUGGCUUUCAGAGCAAAUUCAGGAAUGAUCCGGAACUGGUCGAGAAGUUCAACAAAUACUAUCACGACUAGCUCUACAAGCUCCUGGAAGUUGCGGCCGAUCACGAUCUUGACCACUGAUGCCCUCCGCACGCAUUACAUCCUCGACCACUUAUAAGGCUGUCCAGAUCCCGCCACCCAAUGACUCGGUUGGCACAUCCUCAUUUUGGUACGAUGCUGGAAAUUCUUGGGCCUUGUUACAUCUUCAAUUAUCGUUUCGCAUGUAGAGACCGGAGGACAGAACCCCUUGAGCCGUCGAGCCCCCAAAACGCAGCUGGUGGAAGGAUGUAUUUGCGUUCAUCUAUCGCCUUGGAGACGUGGUAUUACCUUGCUUUUUCCCCGUUCAUCGCCAUGUCAUACCCCGAAGAUAUUGCAGCGCAUAAGACCUGCCAAGUUGACGAUCCCAAGUAUGGCACCUGUCAAGUCCACUUCAUGAUUCUCGAUAAAUGCAGCUGUGACUGUCACACGUUGAACGCAUGACCCUGGGC